AUGACGAAGGGUACCUCCAGCUUUGGUAAGCGUCACAACAAGACGCACACUCUCUGCCGACGAUGCGGCCGUCGCUCUCUGCACGUCCAGAAGCAUGAGUGUGCCUCUUGCGGAUACCCUGCCGCCAAGAUGCGCAAGUACAACUGGAGCGAGAAGGCCAAGCGGAGAAGGACCGUCGGCACUGGCCGCACCCGCUACCUCAAGGACGUUUCCCGACGAUUCAAGAACGGCUUCCAGACCGGCGCCCCCAAGAACGCCAGGGUUGGCAAGAAGUCCGCUGAGCAGGAAUCUUAA